AGGAAUCGAACUAUUCCCUUAUAUCAACUUGCGUCUUGUACAUAGCAUACUUCUAUAGUCAUGUAUCGGCUUGUUCGACCCAAUUUUUUUAUCCGUAAAUUAGGAAAUGAGAACAAUUUUUUCCAUUUUUUUUCAAGAGCCAAAAAGGGCCUUGAAUUAAAUAUAUGAAUGAGAUUCUCCUUCCCAAACAGGGAGAAGAUUCUCUCACCUCUCUCCUCCUCCAACCGAGGAAUCACCUAUAUAAAGUCUCUCCUCUGCACCACCAUUCAAGUAUCUGAGACACACACACUCUCUCUAACCUUUAUCAAUGGCGCUUCGUAGAACAUUUGCAAAGCGCCUCUUCAACGCCACCAACAGAGAAUCUUCUUCUCCAUCACUCACUAUUCUCAAUCACUCGCCCAAACCACCAAAUGCUGCCAAAGCCCAAUCCCAAUCCCCAGACUCUGUUGCCACCGGUUUCUUCCGCCGCUUCCUCCAGCGUAGAUUCAUCAACAACAACUCCUUCCCCUCCAAUCUCCCCUCCUUCCUGACCCUCCCGGUCGGCGACAAGCUCCGAGAGAAGCUGAAAUCACUGAACAUAGCCGGCGAUAACCGCCUCCACCUUGACGGGCUGAGCCCACCGCUUCAGCCGGUGGAGGAGGAGGACAAGUUUGGUGUAAGUGUGAAAGACGUGAAGAGGGUGUUAAGAUUUGUCCAGUUGGAAAAGGUUAAGGAAAGGUUGAGAAAUAUUCCGGCGAGUACAAUUGCGUACGGCGAGCUUAUACGGAUAUGCGAUGACGUGUGUGGGAAUAAAGAACUGGGGCUUGAAUUUUCCAAGUCCUUGGAUGAAUCUGGAAACGUCAUCGUUUUGGGCAACAUCGUUUUCCUCAGACCUAAUCAGGUAUUAAUGAAAAAUAUUCAACAUUAAGCAAAUAAAAAUAAUUUUUUU